CACGGGGCGCGAGCAGGUAUUGGUCCGCUCCCCCCGGGGCGUGGGCGGGGCCGGGCCGCUUCCCGGAAGGCGGCGUGGGCCGGAGCCGGGGCCAUGAGCGGAGCGCUUCCAAACAAAGGACACAAAAAGAGAGAGGAAGAAAAAGGAGAAGAUUCCAUUGACACCGAAUGCAGCGAACUAGGAAACAUGGAUCUGAAAUUCAACUCCUCAAGGAAAUAUAUUUCGAUCAGCGUACCUUCCAAAUCGCAAGCCAUGUCACCUCAUAUCAAAUCAGUAGAUGACAUAAUCGUUCUCGGCAUGAAUCUCAGCAAAUUUAACAAACCCACUCAGUUUUUUAUUUGUGUUUCUGGAGUUUUUAUGUUUUAUCUAAUCUAUGGAUAUUUACAGGAACUGAUAUUUUCAGUGGAGGGUUUUAAGCCCUUUGGUUGGUACCUUACUUUAGUGCAAUUUGGGUUUUAUUCCAUUUUUGGACUAAUAGAACUGCAGCUUAUUCAGGAUAAAAGGAGACGAAUCCCAGGCAAAACCUACAUGAUAAUAGCCUUUCUAACUGUAGGGACUAUGGGUUUAUCAAAUACCUCCUUAGGAUAUCUGAAUUAUCCUACUCAAGUCAUCUUUAAGUGCUGUAAACUGAUUCCUGUUAUGAUAGGAGGAGUCUUUAUACAAGGAAAACGUUAUAAUAUUGCAGAUGUGUCUGCUGCAAUGUGUAUGAGUCUUGGCCUAAUAUGGUUUACUUUAGCUGACAGCACAAUCGCACCAAAUUUCAACUUGACAGGUGUGGUCCUUAUAUCCCUUGCUCUCUGUGCAGAUGCAGUUAUAGGAAAUGUGCAGGAAAAAGCUAUGAAGUUACACAAUGGUUCCAAUUCAGAAAUGGUUCUGUAUUCCUAUUCAAUAGGUUUUGUGUACAUUUUAUUGGGAUUGACAUGCACUAGCGGAUUAAGCCCUGCAGUAACAUUUUGUUCAAAGCAUCCAGUUCAGACUUAUGGUUAUGCAUUCUUUUUUUCCCUGACUGGAUAUUUUGGAAUAUCUUUUGUUCUAGCAUUGAUUAAAAUCUUCGGUGCCCUUCUAGCUGUAACAGUAACAACAGGAAGAAAAGCAAUGACCAUUGUGCUUUCUUUUUUGUUCUUUGCAAAGCCAUUCACAUUCCAGUACGUGUGGUCAGGUUUAUUAGUUGUCCUGGGUAUAUUUCUGAAUGUUUACAGUAAGAAUAUGGAUAAAAUCAAGCUGCCUUCGCUACGAGGUCUUUGGAACAAAACUGCGGAAGAAAGAAAGACACGGACGUUGUCACAAACUGUGUAGACAGUGGUUUUAUGCCAUGUCUUGAAUCUGACUUAUUUUAUUGGAACAGUCUUCAACUGGUUCACUUUCCACAGGGAACAUUAUUAAAACCAAAGGAGCUGAAGGCAUAUUGUCUGCUUGCAGAUGAUUUGACAUGAACAGUUUUAUGUGAGCCUUCUCUUCAGAGCACUUGAAUUCGUCAUAGGUGUUAUAUACCAUUGUCAGAAGGCAUUAUCAAGCCAAUGAAGGAAAGCAACUCCUGGCAGACUGCUGAAAAACUAUGCUCCAAAUGGGGGACAGUAGAAUAUUAUUUUGAGCAUUUUUAUCAUAUCAGAUGUGGCUGAUUUGAGAUGAGUGGUUGUUUGUUUUUAUUGUUGGGUUGGGAUUAUUUAAAAGUAAUAUUGUAUUAACACUUAAUGGAAGCUAAUCAGCUACUGAUUGACCAAAUUGAAAUUUUAAAGUUGGAAGAGGUAGAAUACGGUAUGUCAUGAUUUUUCAUUUUAAAUAAAAAUUCAGUUUAAGUUCUU